UUUAUUGGACAUCGCACGAGGCGGACGAAGGCUUCUUUGCCGGCGCCAACCGUGCCAAGCGAGGUAUGAUGCGAGACGUACUGAGGUAUGUAGGUAGUCAGUCAGUUAGUCAGUCGGUCGGUGGGACGCCGGCGUCGUGUGUAUAUCAUGAGUCGGAUCGCUGCUCGUCGUCACGGACAGAUAUCCAUCGCAUCGCAGCGCAUCGCAUCAAGUCACAAAGCAAACCGAACAGAAUCCCAGUUUGAACACUAUUAUCUCAAGCCCUCAUCAUGCAAUUCCCCCUGCACACCGCCCUCCUCUCCUCACUCUUCUUCAUCCAAGCUACGUCCGCGCUCCCCCAAGGCGGAACAACAACGUGCAUCACGAAUCCCUGGGCAAGCACGCCUACAUCCACAUCCACCCUUAUAUCCUCCUCCACUCCAUCCAUAAUGACAGAGCCAUCCGUCCCCGAGCUCGAACCCCGCGCAACGACCCCGCGCGUGAAGACCUUAGCGCUCUGCUGCUGCUGCAUCGCGAAGGCGCCGUACACCUUCGACGAGCCGCAGCCGACGCCGUCGCACUACAUGGGCGAGUGCUCGAAGGCGGGGACGCAGGACGUCUGCGGGAGCAAUUACACGGGGUCGUCGGGUUUCGCGAUGGAGGGGCUCGAGGGGCAUCCUGAUCGGAUUGGGGCGCGGUGCUCGGUUUCGCGAUGUGGCGCUAUGAGGUUUGUGGAUUGAGAGGCGGUCGAUAGUUAGAGGUAUGAGAGGGGGAGAGGGUAGGAUGAGGUGGUAGGGGGGACUUUUACAAGCGAUAGUACAUACCGCGGAUGUGUGUAUCGUAUGCAGGGGAUUUCACAAUACGCCGUGUCAUGACUAUACUAUGUCUGCGCGCUUCGUUAAUGAUAUCCAAUAUUACUAUAUCCUAGUCGUACUUAAAGGUAGCCAUCUACACCCAAGUCUCAUACCAUCAUCUCCCAGCAAUCUCAGCAGUAUCCGCCGUGACAGUGUCGUUAAACGCGCUCACGUCGCGGAAAUACAGCUGUUGCACACCCCCAUUAGAACGAAUCCCGCUGAACGAAUACACCUGAUGCGUCUGCCCCACGCCUCUGCUAAAGCUAUUAUUGCCAGGCC